AUGCCGCUUCCUGUUGUCCAAUCCGCUUCGAGCAUUUCUCUUGUGCCCGCGGCAUCUGUUGCGGGGAGCGUGGGUGGAGUAGAGGGCGCGCGGAGCGGGGGAGCGGGCGGAGGAAGGACAGGCGGAAUGGGCGGGAAUGGGGGAGUGGGGCCAAUGAAAGCGAUGCCUGCUAAUCCGUUUGAAAGGCCGAACGUGUCUCACUACAGUCAGGCCCUUGUAUCGUACAUCCCACCACCGCCAUCAGUGACAGCAGCAGCAGCAGCACCGCAAGCAGAGGAAUACCCUCCCAGCCGCCUAGCCCUAGCCCUUGCCCCCUCCGCCCCUCCCCCCAUCCAGCUCGUUCCCCCCAUGCCUGGCGCCAUGCCCGCUGCCCCCCUGCCGUUCAGAAGAUCAGCCAUUCAGGGGCUGACACGUGGCACCGUAACGGUCAGUGGCAGCAGCAGCAGCGGCAGUGGAAGUGGUUUUAGCGGAGGGAGUGGGGAACAGUGUGAGAAGGCUAUAAAACAGCUAGAGAUGCUGCUUAAAACGGGACGGGUUUCAAGGGCGGAUAUUCUGGCUGGUGUGCACGAGAAGUGUACAGUGCUGCUGGAACAGAUUGUCCCUCCCUCUCGUUCCAAUUCCCUUGUACGCCUUAUAAGCAAGGGCAUAUUGCACGCUACAAGCACCACAACAUCUACACCUCCAACUGAGGACGCAUUCCAAUCCGACCCCUCCUCCUGUCUCAUUGGUUCGCUCCUCUCUGCUAUAGUCACACUCUCUUGGAGCCCCUCCUCAUGCUUCUUUGAUAUAAGCAUCAAGCCUGUAACAAACAUUACUGUACGCCGGCUGCUGCUUAUCGAUUUUCUGAACGCGGUGUUUUGGAGGGGAGGGAAGGCGUGCGUGGGCGCGGCUGUGGAGGGGUUGGGAGGGGUGCGGAGGGUUGACAAGUGGAUUGGCGUGCGGGAAGAGUCGCUGCCCUCCUCUCAGGAGCUUGCUGGCUGCAAGGUGAGGUUUCCUGCUCAUGUUCUUUAUGCGAGAUCAGCAGGGUGA